UAAAGAAGCAAGACAAUUUAUGGAAUCAAAGCUAUGUAUCUGCUUAGUCAUUUAUACUUAUUGAUUACAAUUUUUGCAUUUCUUGCAUUAUUUUCGUCAAUUUCUUCAAAUCCAAACAAUGUCGAAUGGAGCUACGACGAUCCUCGAUGGAAAACAUACAUCCCAAACUGGUGGGAUGAACCAAAUUUUGUACCACCAGUUGGACCAGUUGAAGAGAAUCCAAAAGAAUUCUGGAUAUCAAAAGCUGAGAAACUAUUGGAUCAAAAAUUAAAUUACAGACUUAACACAAAUCGUGCAAAGAAUAUUAUUAUUAUGGUCGGUGAUGGAAUGGGUCUGUCAUCUCAAAUGGCAGCACGAUCAUAUAUUAAAGAUGUAAAUUUUGAGCUCUCAUUUGAGAAAUUUCCAUUUUCUGGUUUGGCAAAAAUUUAUUGUGUAAAUUAUCAAGUUCCUGACUCAGCAAGUACAGCAACAGCUUUAUUUUCAGGAAUUAAAACAAAUUAUAUGGUUCUUGGAGUGACUGCUGAUGUUAAUGUAAGGAACUGUAGUGCAAGUAAAAAUGAAAAGUUUCAAGUUCCAUCAAUAUAUAAAUACGCACAAGAUGCUGGAAAGUCUACGGGAAUUGUUACAAAUACGAGAAUUACACAUGCAACUCCGGCAGGUGCUUAUGCUACAGUAGCAUCAAGAAAUUGGGAAGGGAAUGCAAAUACACCAGAUGGAUGUGAUGACAUUGGAUUACAGUUGAUUCAUGGAAACAUCGGAAGAAAUUUGGAUAUAAUUCUUGGUGGUGGAUCAAGGUAUUUGCUACCAACGUCUAGAGGUGGACGAAGAACAGAUGAAAGACAUUUAAUCAAUGAGUAUUUAAGAGUUCAAAUACAAAAUCGAAAGCGACCAGCACGAGCUUUUAACAGAGAUGAAUUGUUGUCAAUUAAUGCGAAUGUGACAGAUUCAAUUUUAGGGAUUUUUGCUGACAAUCACAUGGACUACAAAUUACUUGCAGAUCCAGAAACACAACCAACUUUAACAGAAAUGACAGCAAAAGCACUCGAUAUUUUAAAGAAGAAUGAACGACAUGGAUUUGUGUUGAUGGUUGAAGGUGGAAGAAUUGAUCAUGGACAUCAUGAGAAUCGAGCACAAUUGUCGCUAGAAGAAGUUGUUGAAUUUCACAAAGCAGUUGAAUAUGUCAAAGCAAAUACACAUGAAGAAGAUACACUAAUUGUAGUGACUGCUGAUCAUAGUCAUCCUUUUACUAUUGGUGGAUAUUUGCCUAGAGGAAGAAACAUCAUCGGACCAGGAGAUUUCUCAAGAGAGGACAAUAUGUGGAUAUUUUCAGCAAGCUAUGCUCAAGGUCAGGGAUAUUUUCAACAUUUUGAUCCAAAAACCGGAGGACGAAGAAAUCCACGCGGUUCAAAUUAUAUGAAUCCAUCGUUUAGACAACCAGUUUCAGUUCCAAUGGAUGAAGGUACUCAUUCUGGAGAAGAUGUUGGAGUAUAUUCAAGUGGACCAUGGUCUCAUUUAUUCACAGGAGUUUAUGAACAAAAUUUCAUUCCACAUGCUAUGAUGUUUGCUGCUUGCAUUACCCCAACCAAUGGAAAAAGAAAUGCAAAUUGCUAGUAUUUUUUAAAUUAAAGGUUUUUGUCUAAUCUAAAUU